AUGGCUGUCUCAGUUCUCCGACUGACGGUUGUCUUGGGACUGUGCGCCCUAAUCCUGACAUGCCAGGCAGAUGACAAACCAAAGGAAGAUGAAAACCCAGAUGAGAAGUCAGAUAACAAGCCGGCUGACUUCAGUAAAAACACAGAGCCUGAGUUCCCCAAAUUCCUAAGCCUCCUGGGUUCAGAGAUCAUAGAGAAUGCUGUGGACUUCAUCCUUCGAUCCAUGUCCAGAGGAUCAAGUUUUAUGGAACUUGAAGAGGACCCUGGGCAGCCACCUUCAAAAGUGAACUCCUAA